AUGCGAGCUUUAAAGUGCCAGCUGGGGUGGCGGGCCACCUGCGACCACCUUCGCCUCUCCCGCCGGGAACUGGAGGAGGCUGUGGCAAGAGCGAACGCUCGACUCGAGUCGCAGAAGUUCGGGCUUUACAUCUUCCGAACCAUCUCCCGCAUGAGGGAACUCUCCAACCACGGCCAGCGCAUCUUCGAUGCCGUCAUCGGGGCCGUCGGGCCCACCUACAUCAACGUCCUCAUCCCGUCUCCCAGCCUCGAUGUGCUGGAGCUGAAGGUCCCGGUGGAUGCGCUCUGCAGCUCCACGUGUGUGUCGGAGUAUGACGGCACCACGCAGUCCAUCAAGCUCACCAUCUCCGGCACCGCAUAUCCCGGCGACGCCAGGCAGCUACGCAUUCGGUCGUGGCACGCGCAUGUCGUCACCUGUACGAUCUCCAGGAAUUUUGCCCAGCCAAUCCCGCACCAUGCGAGUCCCAACUCGGUGGUGAUCAGCGAGAUGACCUUCCACGAGGAUCUCGAAAACGAGAUCUCCUUCGCGGUGGGUCAGAAGAUGUUCCCCGAGAUGUUCUCUUCUUGGCCGGACCUCAGCGAGUGGGCCACCUUGGACCGCCGGGUGGAGACCUACUCAAAGCUCUGGGCCAGGGUGAAAUCCUGCCAGGUGCAUGCCGCAGCGGUUUCGGGCGCCGCCUACACGCCCUCGGCGGAUGCUUGGGGCCUGGAGUGGUGGAUGGAGGGCCGGAAGCGCUUCUUCCAGUGCCAGGUGGAUGUCCAGCUGUCAGAGUACCAGUGGCUCCAGCCAGGAGACUUGGCAGUUCUCAGUUGCGAGCGCGGCGAUGACAUUGCCGUCCUCCAGGGCAGCGUGCGCAAGGCCAAGGAUGAGCGAAACCCUGCGAGUCAGGUUCGGACUGUUGGGCAGAAGCAGCAGCGCUUCACCGUGGAGGUGGAGUUGUCCGAGAUCGCUCAGCUUGCGCGGGACAGCCAGGAGGCCACAGUGGAAGCGGCCAGUGCCGCUCGUGUCUACUUCAUCCUCGUGCCGGCGAACGAGAAGAAGAGCGUUCAGCUGCUUCAGGCUCUGCCAAGCUCUCCGCCGCUGCAGGGGAUGCGGCUGACCAUGCCCCGGACCUUGAGGCAGCAGCAGCGAGCAGUCGAGCAACGGCCGCUGGCGACACGUGAGCAGGUGUUUGGAGCUGUGCGCGAUUCUGCAAGCAAAGUGCAGAAUGGCAGUAACCUCAACGAACGGCAGACGGCGGCUUUGCAGCGUGGGCUCCAGCGCCCCUUCUCCAUGGUCCAGGGUCCUCCCGGCACGGGAAAGACCUCCUUCCUGGUGCAAUUCAUUGUGGCUGCACUCUCAGUACGCAGUCCAUGGGCCAGACCAGAUCUAGGCAGGAUCCUGGUGAGAGUCUUGAAUCAGAGCAAGAUCGUCAUCACCACCUGCGCGAAUGCCUAUCUCCACACGGCUCUGAUGCAAGGGGAUCCGCCGAAGAUUCUUCGGCCCGUGAAGUUUGACACCAUCGUCGUGGACGAGGCAGCCCAGGCUCCUGAGCCCGACGUGGUGCUGCCCUCCACCUGUGCCACGACCCGGGUGGUGGUGGUAGGUGACCACAAGCAGCUUGGCCCGGUGGUGCCCGAGCGGAAUUUGUGUGCGCCUUACGUCAGCGUCCUGGAGACGCCCUUCCUGGAGCGGAUGCUCAAAAAUCCACGGCGAUGGGAGGCCAGCACGAUGCUGAACAUGCAGUACCGCAUGCACCCGUCGAUUCGGAGCUUCCCAUCGUCGCAAUUCUACGACUCCAAGCUUGAGGACAGUGUCUCCAUCCCUCAUCGCCCUGAGCUGAACCGCAUUUGGCCACAUGAGAACGAGCACCGCCGCUUCAUCGAUUGCCAGACUCCACAGUCUUUGGGCCUAUCACCCGAGCUCAACCGUGCCUGCGACGCUGCCCUCAUGGAGAACAAGACAUCCCUCAAGAACGUCGGAGAGGCCAAGGCUUGCGUGGCGCUCUGCUCCCUCCUCCUGCAGGGCCGUUGCUCGGCGAAGGACAUCGCCAUCAUCACUCCCUACCGAGCGCAACAGUACGAGAUCCGGGGAAGACUCCAGCGAGACAUCGGUGAAGGUUCCAGGAACAUCCUGGUCGGAACGGUGCACUCCUUGCAGGGUUCCGAACGCGACUUCAUCCUGAUCAGCUUCGUGCGCAGCGUCGCCGACGAUGUACAGGACGUUGCAAAGCCUGUCCAGGCAACCUCCUUGGGUGACUCGCUGGCCCUUCAGGAGAUGCGGAAGACGAGCCUGGGCAUCCUCUCGGACAGCAAGCUGCUCAAUGUGGCCCUGACCCGUGCGAAGUACGGCCUCGUCUGCAUUGGCAAUGCCGAGAUCCUCAGCAAUGGAUCAAAGGACUUCCACGACCUGAUCCAAGACCUGAAGAGACGCAGAUGCCUCAUCAGCAGAGAGGACUUCCUGCAGCCCAGCCGUGCUCCACAGCGCUGGGGCCGUCACCGCCUCCGGCGCAGCCUGAACGCUUAG